AGCCGGGGCCCGAUGGCGGGGGUCGGGGCGUGCUUGCGGACGGUGGGGCUGCAGUUCUGGGCCGGCUCGCUGCGGGUGCUGCCCGCCUUGCUGGCCCCCGCCGUGCUGCUGGGGCUGCUGCUGGGCGUCGCCGCCGCUGCCCUGCUCUGCCGCUGCGCCACGGGGCCGCGCCGGCGGAGAGAGAAGGAUGAUUCCCAGAGACUUCUGGAAAGCUUCAACUGUGAUGAAAAAGAGCACACACUCACAAAAAGUAAAGCAGAGCCCUAUACUUCAGAAGAGGAAAUGGUGCUGGAGGAAAAUGAGUCUCCUCUGAACAGUAACAUCACGGCAUUUGCAUUAAAGGCAAAAGUCAUCUAUCCUAUCAAUCAGAAAUUUAGGCCUUUGGCAGAUGGCUCGUCCAAUCCAUCUUUGCAUGAGAAUCCAAAGCAGGCAGUUCUGCCUAAUCAGGUAAUGGAGACAUCUACGUCAGGCAGCCUGGGAUCCCUUAGCCAGGGAGACAAGGAGGACUGUAGUUCCUCCACAACGAUACAUUCCACGACAAGUGAUGACAGAUUUCAGGCUCGAGCCUUCCUCAAGGUGACCUGCUUCCCUGAAGUGCUAACGUGUGAGAGUUUUGAUAUUAAGCUCUGCCUUUGCAGUCUUCUUUUAAAAGAUCUCAUGCUUCUUGAUACUGAGCUCAGAAAAGAAAAGCAUGUGAUGUUUAUUCAGAUUCUCAAAAUAUACCUCACAGACUUCUGUCAUAAAAAGAAGAUUAAUGAUGAUUUGUUCAAGAAGAUCCUUUUAAUUCAGGAAAAUGAUUUUGAAGAAUUACAGAAGCAACUUGAUUGUAGACUCCAGAAUACUGAGAUGUCAGGAGCCCAUAAUUCAGAGUACCAAACUCUACAAGACUUAGAAAGGAAAGAAAGGGAAUAUUCUGAGCACAUAAUAGACAAUAUGGAAGCUUUCUGGAAGCAGACUGACAAAGCCCAGCAGGUUUUUUUGGACCAAUCAAAAUGCUCAAGUGCCAAAGCAACAAAGAUAACGAUGGAUCUGACCGAGAGGAUGAUUGCAGUAGAAGGCUUAUUAAAUGAAUGCCAGGAUUUGCAGGCAAUGGACAUUCAGGAAAGGUUAUUUAAUUGGGAGCUUAUGGUGAAAAUGAUUGAUUCAUUGAAGUCCUAUAUACCAGAAGAGUGUAAGUGUAGAUUAAAUAUUGUAUCAAAUAUUCUGGACCAUUUAACUGUAAAGAAUAACCUCUCAGUCCGACAAAAGGAAGAACUUUUAACAGACCUGCACAAGGCAUUCUGGGAACAACUAGCACAUUUCACUAAUGAAUGUAUCCAGCAAAGUAAAGACCUGAUGCUGAAACGACUGGAGUGCCGUGCAAAGAAGAGAGAAGAGUUCAAACACAAACAGAAAGCUGAACAAGAGAGUCUCCUUAGUAAAACAUUUCAUACUGGAAAUUUUGAUGAUUUUCUUAAGGCUUACCAUGAUCUGUUAGAGAAGCAUUGGCAGGCGCAGUGGGAACUGGAAGAGGAAGAUGACUAUGAGAGCACAGAGGCUGUUGCAAUUCUCUACAAGGAGCUGUAUUCUAAAGCUUCCAGUGUUUUAGCAGAGUUGGUGAAUGAGCUGUUUCUUCAGACCCUGCCUGUUGUGACCGGCCUCUCUGUAAGAGAAUGUGAACUGUUGAAAGAGGAAUGGCAGGAGAAUUUGGUCCCUCAGCUGGAGAAGUGGGACACCCACCACCAGAAACGCUGGAAGCUUUUUCAGGAACAGCUACUACAAGAAAAAAAGCUAUGGAUAAAUGAAUAUGCUCUCUCUAAUGUGAUGCAAAAGCACCUGUCUGAGAAACAGGAGAAGAUAAUUCAAGGUGUCGUGAGCAGACUAGGCUGCCUCAGUGAUGAGUCUGUUAACUACAUAUUGCAAAAACACCGGCUCCUGCUGUGUUCAGUACUGAGAAGGUUAACUCUUCGAAGCAUUGGAAUGGCAGCUCUGGCCUGCAUGAGGAUGUCCAGGAAGAAGAGCUUGCUUCAGGAGCUCAGAGAGCAGCACAUCCUGCAGAAGGGCUCUUCCCACUGCCAAGACGAAGACCAGUGGCAGCUGCAGAAGGCAGUGGAGUCCCACAUUUUGGAAGAGGAAGAGAAGCUUGUGGAAGAAAUGCAGCAAACCCGUUUAGAAUUUCACCAGCAGUUAGUCACAGAAAUGCAAGAAGCUCUUCAGUUUCUUCAGCAACACAUGGAGCAAGUGAUUGGGCGGACACUGCUACAGCAUGCCCGACAGGAAGCUGGAAAAAAGAAAUCAGAUGAUGAACAGGAUUUCAAGGAGAGGCUGGUGGAAGCUGCUGUAGAAAGUGUAUAUGGGACCAGCAAUAAUAUCAAUAGACUGGUGCAAAACUACUACCAGCAGGUAGGAAAAAUCACGGAAGGCUAUGAAGGGAAAAAAAUUCAGCAACUGAAAUCCUUACAAGCAGAAAGAAGUGAAAGGAACAGACUUAGAAAGAAAGAAGAGAAUGAACAGACAAUGAAAGAAGAACAGACCAAAGGCAUCCUGAACAUAUCAUCCACAGUCCACCAAAGGAUGAUGCUGCAGCAAAAGAAGGUUCUGAGUCAGUUUGAACUGCACCAGCAGAUUCGUCUGGAGUCUCUGAAACAGAAGCUGCAGGGAUUGCAUCACCUAGAAACAGAGCUGGAGAAUCAGCUGAGGAAUGCAGAGCAGGACUUUGUUACUGAGUUGGCUGCGCUGGCCCGAAUUCCAGUCACUGUGAAGAAGCAGCCUUCCAAAAGGAGCAAGCCAGCAGGGGAAAGAACAGAAAGAAGGAGUAUUCACUCUCCAGAAUCGGAAGACAAAGAUAAUUAUUGUGAAAAUAUUCAAGAGCCUCCUGGACUGAAGUCCAGUUUAUGCAGAGAGAAGUUACAGAGGCCACAUAAAGAGCAGGCUGAACCAAGGAAAAACUCAAAGAUGCUAAAAAAAAAAGGGAACAGGUAGUAAAAGUAUUUCUAUGAGCUGUCUGAACACAGAGUACCAAAGCAUUCUUCUGGGAGAUCUCAGCAGCUAUAAAUACUUACUGAGCUGGUUUACUGAGGAACAAUGAAGAACAUCAAUAAUAACCGAGAAAUCUUCUUUAGCUACAGACCGAGACUCAACCCCAUGUGUUUGUCUCGCUGUUAAUGAAACAUUCGCACUUGAUUUUGGCAAGGGGGAACAAAGAAGGCUUUAAGGUCUUCCAGAUCGUGUUGGGAACAUGAGAGGAAGAUCGUUUUAGAUUAGGAAUAUACCUGAGGAAAGUGCAGAACAGAUAGAUACACACUAGACUGAAUGAGGUUAGUACAUCUCAGGAAGGUUUCGUUGUAAUAUUGAUGUACCAUUUGCUUUUGAGCCUUAAAUGUUGUGGAUCUGGUCUUAGUAUUUUGUGAUUGAUGCUUUGGACUAAAAAAAAAAUAGAAAGAAAUUUAAAGAAUACUUAAAGAGACUUCAGAUUUUAUUGGUACAUCGAAAGAUUGUUUGGUUUCUCCUUUGAUAUGUUUUAAUGCUUCCAAGGCUACAUAUGUUUUUUAAAAUUUGUACAAAGAUUUUUGUAAAUCUGUUUCCCUGUGUUUGUCUCAGAUUUCAAAUUAUUUUUUUUUUUUUGGAAAGAGACAAAACUGGCUAUUUGAUUUUUUUAUACUUCACUUUCUAUUCUUUGAUAAAUAAACUUGUUUUCAGCA